AUGGGGAGUAAAAAAAUGUUUGCGCUGGUGAAAUGGAUUGGCGGAGACGAUGAUAAAAAAUAUACCGUUGGUAUAGACGUUGAACACAUUAAAAAUUUUGACUAUGAUAAAUUUAACAGUGAUGAUGAAGAUCCUGAUAAAAUUUAUGUCGUUGAGUGGCACGAGUCAAAGAAGGAACCACUGGGUGGGUGGAUUUGCUUUAGUGCACAAAUAAUUGCAGUCUCAGGAUCCCUUGCAAACUUGAAGAAAAAAAUGAAAGCCAUCGAUGGUAUUGAGUCUCCCAGACGGAUGUCUCUUGAGAUAACUGAUGACAAGGGACCUGGUCAAAAUGAUUAUUCUAUAAUUAAAGAUGGCCCAAAAAUUGAUGAGUCAGAAGUGCCAGUGAUUGAUCCAGAGAUUGACUACAGCCCAGAGGUUAAACGUAAAAAAUUAUUGGGCGGUAACGAUGGUAAUGAGAACAUUGACAUUUUUGAUGAUGACAAAGCAGAGGCUUCUGGUUCAAAAGUUUUUUCUAGCGAUCAAAAUGAUGAUGAAGAUCUUCUAAUAAUUAAAGAGAAAAAUGUCAGACCUGGUGGAUCUGAAUUUGUAACAAAACAUGAGUUAUCAGAAGCUAUUACAAUGGCGCUUCAGAAAGUUCUGGCAGCAAUUCCAGCCACGUCUUCAGUUGUUCCAACACUCUCUGAUUGUUCAAAAACAAAACGAUCAAAAAACAAAAAAAAUAACAUGAUUGAAUUAGGUCAACCUGGGAGUAAUGUUUUCGUUACCUCUGACCAAUGGAUAGCUGCUGAAGCGACUAAAUCAUUUACAGCUAUGACUACUUCAUUAUUGGUUUCGGUAUUUCCUACAGAUCAGUUGAUUAAAAGCAACUACAAAGGUGGACCACCCAAAAAUGCAAUAGAUAAGACCGUUAUACACACUGGAUUGGAGAAUACUAAUGAAUUAAAAGCAAUUAAAGAAGCAGUCCAACAACGAUUUAAAAACAAUUUAAUCAGGCUGAGUUUGGUAAAUGCAUUAACGUAAAAUGCAACAAAUUACGGUCAGAAGCA